AUGAAGAAAUUGAGUUAACAAAAGUUUCAAAAGCUAAAUUUCCCUAAUAACUACAUUAAAAUAUUUAAAGAAUUAUAAGAUUUAUUAGAAAUCUUAAAAAAGUUUUAAAUUUUAAUUUAUGAAUAUAAUUAAAAGAGUGAAAAUUUAAUUACUUCAUUAGUAUAUACAGAAAAAUUACUUCUUAACAUGCCUCAUUCUCUGUAAAAUUUUGAAUUAUACCAAAAAUAAAAGAGCUCUAAGAUCGUUCCUGCUAGAAAGGUAAUAACUUAAAUAGGAAAUAAAAAUUAAAGAAUAAAUGUUUCAAAAAAUUAGAAGAGCUUCAAAAAUUAAUCUCAGUAAAAGCCUUUCUUUCUUGAUAUAUAUAGAAAUAAGGUUAAAAGGUGGAAGAUAAACGAUGAAAUUUCACUUGAUGUAACUGAUAUUUUAUUAAAUGAUGUUCCUAAAUAAUUUUUUACAAUCGAUUUAGAUUGGGAAGCAAGUUAACCUUGGGUAGAGAAUAUGAGAAUAUCUUCUUUGAAAAAAGAAAUAGAAGGUUUUAAGUUAACCUAUCUUCACUUUUAGAAUUUAGAUAAUUUAGAUGAUUUAGAUAUUUUGGAUCUGGUUUUUGGUUCUGGAUAUGUUUCUUUAUUGUUAUUUACACUAGCACUAAAAAGGAAACAGAUGUUAUAAAUUCAAUUUCAUUUAGUUGAUCAUCAUCAUCAUGCUAUCAAAUUUUUGACUGAAAUUAAAUACAGAAUUUUUGCAUUUAAAUAAAAUGUGUAACAUUUAAUACUAUUUACAUGA